CGUCUCGUCAGGCCUGCUGUUCCUGCGGCUUCCUUCUGCACACCAGCCUCUCUCGAUCUGCAUCUGACCUGCAUCCGACCUCCUUCUGCAUCCGCCAUGGCCUCCGGAGACGUUGCUAAUCCCCUCAGAAAGUUCAAGCUUGUCUUUCUCGGCGAGCAGAGCGUUGGCAAGACCUCGCUUAUCACGCGGUUUAUGUACGAUACCUUUGACAACACCUACCAGGCCACCAUCGGUAUUGAUUUCCUCUCCAAGACAAUGUAUCUCGAAGAUCGCACUGUCCGUCUGCAGCUGUGGGAUACCGCCGGCCAGGAGCGCUUCCGUAGCUUGAUCCCCAGUUACAUCCGCGACUCGUCGGUGGCGGUGGUUGUCUACGACAUCACCAACCGCAACUCCUUCAUGAACACCUCCAAGUGGGUGGAUGACGUCCGGGCCGAGCGUGGAAACGACGUCAUCAUCGUCCUUGUCGGAAACAAGACUGAUCUGGGCGACAAACGCCAAGUCUCCACCGAAGAGGGCGAGAAGAAGGGCAAGGAGUUCAACGUCAUGUUCAUCGAGACCAGUGCCAAGGCCGGCUACAACGUCAAGGCCCUUUUCAGAAAGAUCGCCCAGGCUCUCCCUGGCAUGGAGAACUCCAUGUCGGACCAGAACACUUCUCAGAUGAUCGAUGUGAAACUCAACCAAAACACCCAGAAGCUCUCUGAGGGCUCCAGCUGUGCCUGCUAAGGCGAACCCUUAACACAUAUAUCCUCGAAGAAACCUCCCCCUCCCUUGUCGCCACAACCCACACCCUUUCUUUCUAUUUGACAUAUAUAUAUAUUACUCCUGUUUGUUUGUUCGUUUUAUUUCUCGCUAGCACCCCAUGCGCUAUAGAGGGGUGCAUAUGUAUAUGAGUGUAUUUGUUGACUUUGUUUGAUGAACCGACCGACCGGAGAGCUGGCUGUCGCUGGGAUCCCGGCCGUCAACCACAGUUGAUGCAGUACUGCCUGUGCUGGGGUCUGCUCCCACGCCAUUCUCUUCGGCUCGGAAGUAGAUUACAUUUUUCAAGAACAAAAAUAACGUGUGUCCGCUUGCAAGAGGC